CUCAGUGAUUCUAUAUUUUUUCUUCUGACAUCUAAUGUGGUCCCUCAGGACAUAUGCCAGGCCUUAGAUGCAGAUUGAGUGUGUGUCUGCGGUAGAUGGGCUACCUGUAUGUCUUCCUAUAUAUGUGUGAGAGAAAAAAUACUCUUGAUUUAGGUCAGAAAUCAAGAACCUGAAAUUGGAUUAUUAAAUAUAUUUAAGUAUGCUGAGGACACACGCAAUUUAAUAUUUUCAUCCAAUGGAAUCUGUUUUCAUAACAUAAGGCACCCAGUAUGAUGCCUUUCUGGACCUUUCUGGUUUUCUUCUGGACUAUUACUGAACUCCGAGUAGAGAACUGGGGAGACUGACAGCACUGCAUAUAGGAUGGGUUGUGCUUGUAGUGACCAGAAACAUUGCAAAGACUCUAAAGGGCAUGACUAUUACAAUUCAUCAAACUCUAACAAAUCUCAUUUGUCAAGAGAUCACAGGAAGCAAAACAACAAUCAAGAUGAAGACAUUGUUAUUGCUCAAUAUGACUUCCAGCCUGCUAGUGACAGUGAUCUUCAGUUCAAAAAAGGCGACAGACUCAAGAUUAUUAAAGAGACUGGUGAAUGGUGGUUAGCGAAGUCCUUGAUCACUGGUUAUGAGGGCUAUAUUCCAUCUACGCAUGUGGCAAGAGUACACACACUGGAGGUGGAGAGAUGGCUUUUCAAGAACAUGAGUCGCAGAGACACAGAGCGUCUUCUGCUGGCACCAGGAAACAAACCUGGCUCAUUUCUUGUGAGAGAAAGUGAAACAACCAAAGGUGCUUUCUCUCUGUCUAUAAGAGACUCCACCCCAGAGGAAUAUGAUGUAGUCAAGCAUUAUAAGAUCCGAGCCCUUGAUAAUGGUGGUUACUACAUCUCUUCCUCCACAACCUUUCCUUCUCUUCAAGAACUAGUAAAGUAUUACUCCAGGACAGCAGAUGGUUUGUGCCAGAGGCUAGGAAGUCCCUGUAAAACUACUGCUCCUCAGAGACCCUGGGCUCAAGAUGAGUGGGAGAUUCCCAGAGAGACUCUGAAGAUGGUGAAAAAACUUGGUGCAGGCCAGUUUGGAGAAGUAUGGAUGGGGUACUACAAAAACAACCAGACAGUCGCCAUCAAGACUUUGAAGGAAGGCACCAUGGAGCCCGAGGCAUUCCUACAGGAGGCUAAUCUGAUGAAACAGCUCCAGCAUGAGAGACUGGUGAAACUGCAUGCUGUAGUCACUAAAGAACCCAUCUAUAUCGUCACAGAGUACAUGGCUAAUGGAAGCUUGUUAGACUUUCUGAAGACGGAUGAUGGCCAUAAAUUAAAACUUCCCAAGCUGAUUGAUAUGGCUGCACAAAUUUCAGAAGGAAUGGCUUUCAUAGAAAGGAAAAACUACAUUCACAGAGACCUGCGUGCCGCUAAUAUUCUAGUCUCUGAGACCCUGCACUGUAAAAUAGCAGACUUUGGCCUUGCCAGGAUCAUAGAAUCUGAAUACACUGCACAAGAAGGUGCAAAGUUCCCUAUUAAAUGGACGGCCCCUGAGGCCAUCAACUUUGGUACUUUCACCAUCAAGUCAGACGUGUGGUCCUUUGGAGUUCUUUUGACAGAGAUUGUCACAUACGGCAGAGUGCCGUAUCCAGGCAUGAUGAAUCCAGAGGUGAUCCGCAACCUUGACAGUUACUACAGGAUGCCGUGUCCAGAUGGAUGUCCGGAAGAGCUCUAUGACAUCAUGCUGAAGUGCUGGAAGGAAAGGCCAGAGGACAGACCCACUUUUGAUCACCUACAGGACAUACUCAAUGACUUUUUCAUUGCUACUGAGGGCCAGUACGAGAUGCACCCAUAACCUCAAUGCAGAACCAAUACAUGAACUGAAAAGAGGAUGUAUAAAAACAUAUGGAAUGAAAGGAUGGACUAAACUCCGGACCAAAAUAUGGAUUAUGGGGAAUAUACAAAAGCAACAACAAUGCAUCCUUGUAUAUCAGUAAAUAUUUUUUACACUUACUGUAUGUCGCUUUUGUCAAGGUUUAGUGAAUUUCUAUAAUUUGUUUUGUCUUGUGGGCUUCUUAGGGUAUUUCAUAAUUAUUUAAAGGUGAAAUGUGUAUUUUUUUCAAUAAGAUAAUUUCUUCUAUCGCAGCUUAAUAUGCAGACAGCUGUGUGCAUUCCAAUUGUGUGAUUGCUCUUAAACACUGUGGCUCUGUGGUGCUGUCAGAACAUUGCUGGGUUAGUCUGACCAUUUGACAAGCCCAGCACAACAUCAUUGCCCUAACCAAUUGUAUGAGACUGGGGUGGAGCCAUCUGUUUAUCCAACCAAUUGGAAGACAGGGUGAGUGUUUUACCAGUCAUUAUUUAUGCAAUUAAAUUUGACGAUUUUAUUCACACAGAAAUUACACACUUCUCUGAUAAAGCUUUUGGAAAAUUUAGAUCUAUGACACUUUGGAUUUUAACAGCCAGUAAACAAGAUCCUCUAUAUCUUAGUCAGAAAUUUCAAUAAAA